AUGACACCAGGAAAAGUACAAUCAGUUAUUCAACCCAAUCAGCAAUCAGUUAUACAAACAGCAACAAACGUUCAACCAGUACAAUUAUCAACCAAAAGUAAUGUAAUUUUAGUUUCAGGAAAGGCAAAUUCUGUGAUUCAAACAACACCAGGCAGCUUACAAGCUAUAGAGGUUGUAGAAACUAGCGAAGAUUCAUUAUCAAACGAUGAAAUAGAUGAAACAUCAUCGAAAAAAAGAAGGGAUAUACUAACGAGGAGACCUAGUUAUAGAAAAAUUCUAAACGAUUUAGGAGGUGGAGAGAUUGCUGUGAUACCUGCCAGUGCCAUACAGUUAGGUAGUCAAGGAGACGGAGGUCUUCAUGCAUUAAGUUUAAAUAAUAGUGCUGGAGGAAACACAAUAGUACAAUAUCAAGGAAGUGACGGUCAAUUUUUUGUGCCCGGAGGACCAGUUAUAGCCGAGGACCAAGCAAGGAAAAGGGAACUUAGGCUAAUGAAAAACAGGGAAGCUGCACGGGAAUGCAGAAGGAAAAAAAAAGAAUAUAUAAAAUGUUUAGAAAAUAGAGUCGCAGUACUGGAAAAUCAAAAUAAAGCUUUAAUAGAAGAACUCAAAUCAUUAAAAGAACUUUAUUGUCAGCAAAAAGUCGAAUGA